CAAAGCUCAAAAGAAACACAAGAAGUUUCCCGUUUUUCACUUUCCCGCUUAUUUUUUAACAAAGUCCCCCUUUCGGCCGAGCUAGGGUUUGUCCCUCCGGCCUCAUCUCCCGUCCCGGAUCGAUCUUUUGCUAUGGAGCCCACGGCGGAGUCCCUAAAUCCCCAGGAAAUGACUAUUCCCAUGGAGGUCACCGAAUCUAACCCCUCUGUGGGUGCCCAAGUUACCACCCCAAAUGGAAUCGCAGAAUCCACCGUAACCGAACCGUCUCUGACUCUUACCGAAGAUAAAUACCUUGUUUCAGUUGAAGUCCGCUUAAAACCCUCUAGCACAGCUCGCACCGAGGACGUCCGGUUAGCUGUUGAAAGAAUGCUUGAAAAGAGGAGUUUGAGCUAUGUUGAUGGAGCUAUUCCAGUGCCUCCUGAUGAUCCCUUUCUUUUGGACAAUGUCGAAAGCAUUUGUAUAUGUGACACAGAGGAAUGGGUGAAUAACCAUGAUAUCCUUUUAUUUUGGCAAGUCAAACCUGUUGUUCAUGUCUUUCAGCUUAGUGAGGAAGGUCCAUGUGAGGAAUUGAGUGGGGAUGGCCAACUUUCUAGCUUUAAUGAAUGGAUUCUGCCUGCAAAGGAAUUUGAUGGCUUGUGGGAAAGCUUGAUUUAUGAAUCUGGUCUCAAACAGAGGUUGUUGCGCUAUGCAGCAAGUGCUUUACUUUUCACUGAAAAGGCUGUCAAUCCUUUCCUUGUUUCCUGGAACAGAAUUGUUCUUUUACAUGGUCCUCCAGGAACGGGGAAGACGUCAUUGUGUAAAGCAUUGGCUCAAAAACUAUCUAUACGAUUUAGCUUGAGAUAUCCACAGUGCCAAUUGAUCGAAGUUAAUGCGCAUUCUUUGUUUAGUAAAUGGUUCUCUGAAAGUGGCAAGUUGGUUGCAAAACUUUUUCAAAAAAUCCAAGAAAUGGUAGAGGAAGAAAACAAUCUGGUAUUUGUUUUGAUUGAUGAAGUUGAAAGCCUUGCUGCUGCUAGAAAGGCUGCUUUAUCUGGCUCUGAACCUUCUGAUUCUAUUCGGGUUGUUAAUGCUUUACUAACGCAAAUGGACAAGUUGAAAUCGUCACCAAAUGUGAUUAUUCUCACCACAUCCAAUAUAACUGCUGCCAUUGACAUAGCUUUUGUUGAUCGAGCUGAUAUCAAGGCAUAUGUUGGUCCACCAACUCUGCAAGCUCGGUAUGAAAUUUUGCGAUCCUGCUUCCAUGAACUUAUGAGGACAGGAAUCAUAUCGACCAAUAAGGAAGAUGGCCACCUCAUUUUUCCAAAUUAUGCAACUAUGAAAGAGAAGCUGAGUAUGCCUGAGCUCCAGGUAGUUGAAGCGCCACUUCAUUUGUGUAAACAGCUGCUUGAAGUUGCAGAAGCAUGUGAGGGAUUGAGCGGAAGAUCAUUAAGAAAACUCCCAUUCUUAGCACAUUCAGCGCUUACCAACCCUUAUUCCUGUAACAUCAGCAGAUUCUUAUGUACGAUGAUGGAUUCUGCAAAAAGGGAACGUUCUGAGGUACCUGAAUGAACCAACUAACUUUGUUUUCACUUGAUGAUGUUAGAUGUAAAAAAAUAUGCUGAAAUUCAUUCCUAUAUAUGUAUUUUGAUUCCAAUACUGUUCUUAGAAACGCCUCUUCUGUGAUACUUGUUGACAAAAUGCGGACAAGAGGAUAAUGAUAAUGUAACAAAUUGUUGUACUUGAUUCACUCAUAUUAUAUCAUAUGAAUGUUUGUUUAUAA